CUCACUCCCUGUACCCAUAUUUGUUCCUCUCUUCCCAACCUUCCCCAGAGCCACAGUGUGCUUACAUUCAGGGCUCCAAAACACACUUAUAUUACAGCUGUGCCCAAAGUGCCGUUUUGGUGGCAGGACUUUACAGCACAAACAACUGAUUCUAAGAGCCAGCUGGACUCGUUUGAGGAGAAGCCCGCCAAGUGCAGAUAUCCACUAUUGCAGCCAAACGUUUGGCCCUGCGCUCGCCUUGCCCCUGGUGCACUGCCAUCUUGGUCAAAAAACUUCUACUUUUUUUUCUUUGAUUUUAAAAACAAAACAGUCAAAACAACAGAAAAGCAAACCAAUGAGCGCAGAAUUCACCUUUAAUUUUACUUCAUUUAAGAAGAGACUCUACCAUCCAAUAUGGAAAUGGAGAAAUUGUCAAAUGGACAUGGAGCUGCAAUGGAUGAAGAGGUCCCACAAGAGGAACAGUUGUUUCUACAGCACAAGAGCGGGCCCACAAAGACGCCCCAGUUUACCGACUUUGAGGGUAAAACCUCCUUGGGAAUGUCAGUCUUCAACCUUAGCAACGCCAUCAUGGGCAGCGGAAUUCUGGGUCUUUCGUACGCUAUGUCCAACACAGGCAUCGUCCUUUUCUUGGUCCUGUUGAUAUGUAUUACAUGUCUGUCCUCCUAUUCCAUCCAUCUGCUGCUACGUAGUGCAGGAGUCGUAGGAAUCCGUGCCUAUGAGCACCUGGGCAUGAGAGCAUUUGGACAUCCAGGGAAGAUUAUAGCAGCUGUCAUCAUAACGCUACAUAAUAUUGGAGCGAUGUCCAGCUACCUGUUCAUUGUGAAGUCGGAGUUACCGCUGGUCAUCCAGGCUUUUCUCGGCCAAACAUCCGGGUCUGAUGAUUGGUUCAUGAAUGGAAAUUACCUCAUCAUCAUCGUCACUAUCUGUAUCAUCUUUCCGUUGGCCCUCAUGAAGCACCUUGGGUAUCUGGGUUACACAAGUGGCUUCUCUCUCUCCUGUAUGGUGUUCUUCCUCUCUGCAGUCAUCUACAAGAGAUUCCACAUUGUGUGUCCUCUGGAGGCGUUUGGCAACUACUCUGUCAGCACAGAACUCUCAGGGGAUAUGUGCACCACUGCAUUUUUCACCAUUAACCAAGAGACAGCAUAUGCUAUCCCAAUUCUGGCAUUUGCCUUUGUAUGUCACCCUGAAGUUCUUCCCAUCUACACAGAACUAAGAAACCCAACCAAGAGAAGAAUGCAGAACGUUGGCAAUGUUUCCAUCCUUGGCAUGUUCAUUAUGUACUUCCUCACUGCUACAUUUGGCUAUCUAACCUUUUACGAAAAUACAGAAGCAGAGCUCCUCCAUACCUACAGUAAAGUGGACCCUCUGGACACGCUGAUUCUCUGCGUGCGAUUGGCUGUCCUGGUCGCCGUCACUCUCACUGUCCCCGUGGUCCUCUUUCCUAUCCGUCGUGCCCUGCAGCAGCUUCUGUUCCCUGGGAAGCCUUUCCACUGGGUGCGCCAUAUAGUUAUUGCCAUGUGUCUGCUGUUUGUUGUCAACCUGCUGGUCAUCCUCGUGCCCAACAUUCGAGACAUCUUCGGCAUUACUGGGGCAACUACCGCUCCCAGUCUGAUUUUCAUCCUUCCUGGACUCUUUUACAUCCGCAUCAUCCCCACUGAGCAAGAGCCCAUGAACUCCAGACCAAAGAUCCAGGCUGCGUGUUUCACAGCACUCGGGUUUCUAUUUAUGACCAUGAGUCUCACUUUCAUUGGACUUGAUUGGACGAGCGGGGGAAAACGAAAUCUGGGCGGACAUUAAAGUGCUUCCAUGCUUUAUAGACACAGCAUCCUCACUUAUUCUAACAGUCCUCAACUUUCUGUUGGGUGGUUUUGAGCUGGGAGCGCUCGUUAAUUAUGAGAGGACACGCUGUUCCUCCAUGGCUUCGACAAUAACAAAGUAUGUCCCUUAAGCCACUCAGGACACAGGUAGUGCCGGCCCGCUCACGUUGACCAUGGAAGCCACCAUAUUUGCAAUUGUCCAUCUUCACUAAGUGUCACUAAAUUGUGGAGGGUAACGCUGAGAAGAAAAUUGAUGUCUGCAAGCAAAACAUUUGUUUAAUCAGUGCUUAAAAAAAUGGAGCAGAAUAAUGACAUUGAACAAGACCAAACACUCUGGGGCGGGAGGCAUUUGAGGUCAUUAGAUGUGUUGUACUUUGUAAUACUGCGGAGCAGUACUUCACAAACUGCAAAAGAAAUGUUAACCUCAGUCAAAAAGACUCUGGUAUUGCAUGACUAUACUGUGAACCAAUUAAUUUGGUAUAACCAAUUAUCUUGGUUGUGUAAAUUUACUGUGGACAUUAUAUACAGUUCAAUAAAUAUUGUCAAAAUAA